UUUAGCUGACCAAAGCUAAAGCUCUGUUCAACCUUUGGUAUUACAUGACGCCAAAUAAACUUUAUUUUCAUCUAUCUCCAGACCUAACUACAGUUUUCUUCCAUUUAACUCCAGAGCUAACAAUGUCGGUUGAAAGCAAACCUACAGAGCUAAGGUUAUUAGAGUUGGGUGUUAUUUCGUGGACAAAAUGGGGAAGAGCUCCAGGACAGUACGAGUCACACACAGAGGCACAAGAGACAUAUUUUUUGUUGAAAGGGAGAGUGAAGUUUAUCCCGAAAGACUCAACAUAUGACCCUAUAGAAUUUGGUGCUGGCGAUCUUGUUACCAUACCAAAAGGACUCACAUGCACAUGGGACAUCUCUGUUGCAGUCGACGCACAUUACAAGUUCCAGCCCUAAUUAGUUCCUUUACUACUUACCACUCAUUCAGAUUAUUGCUCUUUAUUUCUUGCUUCUGAUCGAUCACAAUAUUAUAUUUAUACUUCCCUCUUUAAUUUCUAUCCUUUUGUCUCCUAAGCUAUCAAAUAGAGUGUUCAUAUAUCUUUAUCCUUAAUGUUAUAAUCAAAAGUUGCACCAAUGGUUAUAUAUACAGGUGUAAUUGAUUUGUUAUAUGCAUGCUGGGGAAAUAG